ACACGACUUCCGCACGCCGCCCUUGUAUCCAUGGCAACAGCUUGUAGAGUUCACUCUCCAAGAUGGCGGACGUGGAACAAGCUACAACGCUCCCCAUGGCCUCACAAGUCAAACGUCCAGCACCUAAAGCUCCAGAGCUCCCUAUUAUGGAGAGAAAGAAUUGGCUGAUUCACCAGCACUAUAUACGUAAAGACUAUGAAAUCUGUAAGGCAAUAAUCAAAGAGCAGCUUCAGGAGAGUAAUGGAAUGUGUGAAUAUGCCAUAUAUGUUCAAGCACUAAUCUUGCGUCUCGAGGGCAAGAUCCAACAAUCCCUUGAGCUGUUUCAGAGCUGUGCCAUCCUUAAUCCCAGCAGCGCUGACAAUCUGAAGCAAGUGGCCAGAUCUCUAUUUUUAUUGGGAAAGCACAAAGCAGCCAUUGAAUUCUACAAUGAAGCUGCAAGGCUCAACCAGAAAGACUGGGAGAUCAGUCACAAUUUGGGAGUGUGCUAUUUCUUCAUCAAAGACUUCAAACAUGCUGAAGAGCAGCUCAACAUUGCUCUCCAGUUAAACAAACACGACAAGACCUCACUGAUGCUAGGGAAGGUUCAUUUACUGGCCGGCGACACCGACAAGGCCAUUGAUGUUUACAAGAGGGCAGUGGAAUUCUCUCCAGAGAAUACAGAACUCCUGACAACUCUCGGCCUCCUCUUUCUCUCUCUUGGGAAAUACCAAAAAGCUUUUGAACACCUUGGAAAUGCCCUCACGUUUGACCCCAACAAUUAUAAGGCCAUCCUGGCUGCAGGCAGCAUGAUGCAGACCCACGGGGACUUUGAUGUGGCCAUGAACAAGUACCGCGUGGCAGCAUGUGCCGUGCCUGAGAGCCCACCUCUGUGGAACAACAUCGGCAUGUGCUUCUUUGGCAAAAAGAAGUAUGUCGCUUCCAUCAGCUGCCUGAAGCGUGCCCACUACUUGUCUCCUUUUGACUGGAAAGUAUUGUACAACCUGGGACUGGUACACCUGACCAUGCAACAGUAUGCCUCUGCUUUCCACUUCCUUAGUGCCGCCAUCAACCUGAGCCCCCGAUUGGGCGAGCUUUACAUGCUGCUGGCAGUGGCUUUAACCAACUUGGAGGAUGUGGAAAAUGCCACCAGAGCGUACGAGCAAGCUGUGAUUCUAGACCAAUCAAACCCUCUGGUCAACCUGAACUUUGCAAUCUUUCUCUAUAAUCACGCUGACAAAAAGGGUGCACUGGUUCAGUAUCAGGAGAUGGAGAGAAAAGUCAACACGCUUAGAGACAGCAGUAACAACUUUGAGUUUGACCCAGAGCUCAUAGAGAUGGCUCAGAAGAUAGGAGCUGCCUUGCAGGUGAUGGAAAGUGUGGUGUGGACUAAACCAGCCAAAGACUCCAGGUCCAAACAAAGCUCGGGAGCAAGCACUUUUAACACUGGUGCUCCUUUGGGUUCGAACCAAACUUUGGGUCAGGCCAUGUCCUCUGCAGCGAGCUACAACAAGAGCAUCCAGUUACCAACAAGCACCUCCACGGCAUUUGACCCUGAUGCAGACAUGGACAGUGUUCCCAGCCCGCCUUCAGAUCAUCCAGGUUCCCCAAGACCUGCCCAACCAGAGGAUGCCAGACCCAAAACCUCCAAGAGGAAAUCAAAGGUGGAAAUAUGACUUACAGACGUGAAUAAAAGUGUUAGUACCCAAUGGUUAUUGAAAGGCCUCGAAACUGACAGAAGUCAUUAUUCAUUUGUUUUGAGACAUUUUCCAAAAUGUAUGACAAGUUACAAAGAUUCUGGGAGAAAAAUCUGUACUUUUUGGGCAAGUCACAUCAGCUCUAUUGUUUACAUAUUAAGCGUAUAGAAAAAAAGAACACCACGCCAACUGUGAAACACGGAGAUUUACUUAAAGGCCUACUGAACCCCACUACUACCGAACACGCAGUCUGAUAGUUUAUAUAUCAAUGAUGGAAUAUUAACAUUGCAACACAUGCCAAUACGGCCUUUUUAGUUUACUAAAUUGCAAUUUUAAAUUUCGCGCCAAAAUAUCCUGCUGAAACGUCGCGGUAUGACGACGCGUGCGCGUGACGUCAGGCGUUGUAGAGGACUUUUUGUUCCAGCAUCGUUCCCAGCUCUAAGUCAUCUGUUUUCAUUGCAAAAUUCCACAGUAUUCUGGACAUCUGUGUUGCUGAAUCUUUUGCAAUUUGUUCAAUGAACAAUGGAGACAUCAAAGAAGAAAGCUGUAGGCGGGAAGCUGUGUAUUACGGCCGGCUUUAGCAACACAAACACAGCCGGUGUUUCAUUGUUUACAUUCCCGAAAGAUGACGGUGAAGCUUUACUAUGGAACAGAGCUGUCAAGCGAACACGGUUGGAUUGGACCACACACACAAAGUACGGUGUAUUAUGCAGCGAUCAUUUCGAAAGAUAGUUUUUCGAAGAGGGUCCUUUGCGAAUGGCAGAGAUGGGCAUCGCCACCACCCGUCGACUGGUGCUGAAGAAAGGUGCGGGGCCGACCUUCAGGUUGUACAGGUACGACAAUAUAAUCUCACUAAAACACUAGUAACACAAUAAGCAGAUAAGGGAUUUUCCAGAAUUAUCCUAGUAAAUGUGUCUAAUAACGUCUGAAUCGCUCGCACUGUAUAGUCCUUUUUUUUUCUUCUCUCUAGUCCUUCACUCUCACUUUCCUCAUCCACGAAUCUUUCAUCCUCGCUCAAAUUAAUUGGGAAAUUGUCGCUUUCUCGGUCCGAAUCGCUCUUGCUGCUGGUGGCCGUGAUUGUAAACAAUGUUCAGAUGUGCACAACCCGUGACGUCACGCGCAUAUCAUCUGCUACUUCCGGUACAGGCAAGGCUUUUUUAUCAGCACCAAAAGUUGCGAACUUUAUCGUCGAUGUUCUCUACUAAAUCCUUUCAGCAAAAUAUGGCAAUAUUGCGAAAUGAUCAAGUAUGACACAUAGAAUGGACCUGCUAUCCCCGUUUAAAUAAGAAAAUCUCAUUUCAGUAGACCUUUAAGAUCUUAAGCAACUUCUCCUGACCAUAUUUCAAAAGCAAUGUCUAGUUUGUUCAUUUUUAGUGGAUUUUCUAUUCGGUUACUUUUGUCAGUUUCCAAUCUUUUCCAUGAUCCCUGUAGGGUUUUUCUUUCCUUGUACCAACAGUUUUGAGCAAAUGUGUAAUUUAGAGGAAUCUCUCACAUUUUGUUUUAGUUCAGGCAGCCUUUGGUCUUCUUGUUUUGUACCCGACCCCAAUUGUCAGGGUCAGUGAGAGGUAGUUACAUGUAAACUGUUUUUUCCCUGCACAAAAAAAAAUACUUGUACCAAAGUUUUAUUUAGUCCAUUAAUCAUUGCAGUAAAUGAUGAUGUCAUAAUUCCGUUGACAGGUAAUGUAUCUUCUGGGAACACACGCUGCUAAGAUAAACAUAGUCCUUGCUGUGACAAUCAAUGUAUACAAUACAUGCAUUUAAGUAUUUGGACAUGGCCUCCAAUUGUCAGUUAUGUCACUUCAUACAAAUAGUAUUGAACCCCUAAAGGCAGCUGAAAUUCCUAAAAGAUAAUGCAUUUUUUUUUUGUGCAUCCAAAAUAAAACAACUUCAAUUCAGUUACAUUUGUGGUGCUCUAUAGAGGCAAUACUCAGUCACUGUCCAAAUACUUAAGUAGCUACUAUAUAAAGAAAUAUGUAGUAAAUAAUUGUAAAUAGCAACAUAAGCUUUUAUAUGUUGGAUGUCUUCAGUGUAUAGAGUAAUGAGUUUAAUAUUAAACUUGAAGAACAAGGUGUUCGCACAUA